AAUAACGAGUCUUACGGACAACGCGCUGCUGCGGCCACAUGAACUCUGCUUUGAUAAUCCUGCCUGUACUGGAAUACAGUCAGUUUCUUUUCAGACUUCAUGAAGUUAAACGGUACUUGGUGUUCUGCAGCCGCAGUGCAGCUGUCAGUGAUGGUCUGAGGACUUGUCGACGGGGGGACCAACUCCAAAGAUGGGUGUUCUGCUACUUUUGUCGUGCUUUUUGUACGUCCUGCCAGUGUGGAGCAUUUUUGAUGGCAUUUGUCCUAGAAAAGACCCUCCUCCUGGUGCGGUGGUUGUGUCUCCAGGAAGCAGGCUGGAACUAACCUGCAGCGGCCAUGUGAAGGUGAAUGGAGUGAAAGUCACCUUAACUAGAAAUGUCUCAAGUGAAAACAAGAAAGGAUCUUCGUCGGCGAGAACUCCCACCACGGAGCAAGCUGGAAGGAACAGGGCUUUCACACAAAGAAGUGAUAAAUCUUCUACAGUAAGCGGGAGACUAGCCAUUCCCACCACGGCGACCGGAAUCAGCACUCUGCUAGGAGAAAACCGAAGCGGCGGAUAUUCAGACGUGGAACACGCCACUUCUCCACAAGUGGUCCAGCCAACCCCUCCCAGCAAAACCACAGCGGGGGGGACGUCAGACUGGGAGGAUGAAGAGAUGAAACUCGAGGCUGAAUAUAAAGACAAGGAGUCAGAGGGAGGCGGCAGAGCAACCAGAGAGGUUAAAAUGAGGCCUCAGUGGAAGUGGAACAAACAGCUGAUGGAGAGAGCAGACAGAGACUGGGGAGGACUUGCAUUUCUGAGUGACGGGAGCGGUCUGUCUCUGAGCUCAGUGCGACUGACGGACGCUGGGAAAUACACGUGUCACCACGGGGGAGAAGAAACUCUUGCUGUUAAGGUGAUUGUUGCAGAUCCUCCUGAGACUCCGGCUAUCUUUUGCUACAAGAAGUCGCCCAGGAGUAAAAUUCGCUGUGAAUCGAGGCCUCAGAAACCAGUAAUCAAGCAACCUAACUGCUACCUUUUUCUGAGCAAGACUUACAAUCAUGGAAAAAUAGAGCAUUUCCAACGAAAGCGGUGCUCAUACUCACCUCAGCACUCCCGCUGUUGGUGUGCUCUGGAGCACAAUGAGGAUGAGCGGAGGAAGAACCAUCAGGCUUUCCUGUGUGUCACAAACAUCUUGGGCAGCGCCACCAGUCCCCUGAUCAAUUUCACACCUCUGGAUAUUUUGACUCCAGACCCCCCAUCUAAUGUGAUGGCUCACCUGGUGGAGGGACGAGAGAGGAUGAUAAAGGUGACCUGGAACUUACCAAUAACCUGGCAUGAGAAUGAUAACUUUUAUGACAUAAUCUUUGAGAUCAGAUACAGACCUUCAACUUCUUCAAAUGAACAGGAAAAUACAGUUAAAGAACACUGGUACCUGAUUACUGACGCUCUGCCUGGUGUCGAGUACCUGAUUCAACUCAGAACUAAAGACGAGUACGACGGUAAUUGGAGCGAGUGGAGUUCACCGGUCUCUGCCAGAACUUGGACAGAAGAAAGGAGUGAUCUGACAACCACAAUGAUCGACUUGCCCUUCACUGAAGACUAUGGUUCUGGUUUUCCUGAUGAUAGCUACCCUGAUGGUACAACAAAUGAGUUAUGUGCCAACUCAGUUUUAUGCAACGUACACUAUAAUGUUAUUUGGAUCUCAGCCGUUUUUGCCAUCAUGUGCGUCCUUUUGGCUGUCUACAUCUUCAGACACAAAGACAGAUUUAUGUCCAAACUCUAUAGUCCAAGUAGAACCACCCACAGUGAGGACUUGUCUCCACCUCGUCCUUCCAUCCCUUCGUCCUCAGAGGAAGAAGCCCUGGUGUCAGACUCUGGACCGCAGCUCUAUAAACAAAGCGACACACAAGUAGACGGGGAAAAUGAGAAAGGACAAACUGAGAUGGACAGAUUAGAAGCCACAAAUUUCAACAACAAAAGUUACUUCUUCCUGCAGAUGUAGUUCUGAACGAACCAGUUUUAGAAAAUCAGCGAAAAGGGACUGAGCUGAAGGAUAAACACCCAGAGAAAAUUUGUACAGAUUGUAAACUCAUUUCUUUAUAUUCGUGCCAUGCUUAAACUUGUGCUAAAA